AUGGCUCGACACGCUACUCGUCAAGGUGUUCUUGUACUCACCUCCGACAAGAUGCCAGCCCCGACCCCAAUCACCGAGAAGCCAAAGAUCGUUGCAGCAGAGAUCCGCAGCCGUCAGCCCGAUGCUGUCGAAGGCAUGACUAUCCCCUGUUACUGGGAGGACCUUCACCAGUACUUCCACCCGAUCGAUCUGUGGUACAAAGGCGCUUUUAACCUCAAGGAGGUGGUCUUCCGACUCCUCAAAGAGAAUGAAAUCUGCAUGUGGGUCGAAAGCUGGCUCACCUGGCAGCAGAAUCGCUACAGGCUGAGUUGCUGGGAUACCACCAAGGAUAUCAUGUCGGUGUUCGGUCCGUCUGAGUGGGCUAACAUCUACGCCCACGGUGUUACUUUCCCGAAAGAUUGCGUUGCCUUCUUCUGUGACCAGCUGGAGUAUUGGUAUCACUACUAUCGCAACCCGGACAUUGUGGCCGUGAACUCCCCAGGCAUUGUGGCCAAAAUCUCCCCGGACAUUGUGGCCACUAUCCCUCCAGAGGAUACAUUGCAGCUUGAUUGUCAAGGCGCUCCCGUGACAUCGUCUCCUCCUCUCGGCAAUUCCUCUUUGACGGUGGCUCAUCCGCCCUUCGCACGCGCUGCGUCAGCAUCAAUCCAAGCCACGGCCCCUGACUUUAUCCCUUCGAUCAGACGAAGUUCAUCGGACCUUUGCGACAAAUCUGCUGACAGCAAGGUUGAGACUCCAGCCAAUAGCGAGCACGACCAAAAGGCGAACAAAGUACAACACAAGCCGUCAAAGUCAGGCCCAAUCCCAGAGUCUGAAGUCAGCAAACUCCAAGUCGAGACGGGAAUUGCAGGUCCAUCUCGUCUUCCUAGCAGAGUCUCGCAGCAAAUGCCAGCUCCAUCCAAGUCCUCUGCUACUGUUACUGAGGUGCCCCAUACCGGGAAUGUUCUCCCAAGCAAAACUCAGCUUGGAAGCGCCAACCCGCACACUCAAACUCGUGACCAGAAUGCUUCCAGCCGUAUUACUUCCGGCCGUCUUCCUAAUCAGCCCGCCUCGGUAUCCCAAGCGCAAGGCCAACAGAAGAAGAAAGGAACCGACCAGAAGCCCAAGAACGGGUGGUCUCACUUGCGGAAUGAUCCCAUACACGGUCCAAUCAGGCAGCAUCAUAAACAACCUCAGGGCAGCAGCAACACCAGCACCCAUCAAACUUCGAAUCGGGACAACCACCAUACAUCACCCCAGGAACCAGCGGCCAACUCUAUUCCUCAAUGUCCUAACCUUGGGAAAUCGGGUUAUCAGGCCGUCUGGGAACCUUGCGAGUGCAAUAUUUGCAACAAGAAGAAUCGUGGUGUUCGUGCUCGCCUUGGCCAAGGAACAAUGUUCACGCCGACCAAACUGAAAGCCGUUGAGGAUUAUCUCCGUCAAUUUGGGAGCAUUGAAGGCUGCAGCGCAUCAUCGAAAUAUCAUCACAGCAAGCUGAUUGCAUAUGUUACUUUCCGGAAGGAAGAAGAUGCGGUGAAGGCCGUGAACGUUGGCAAUGGUGCCCAAAUUCAAGAUGGCACCGGCUGUCUCCGUCUGCAGCUCGAGCACCCUUGGGUCACCAAACACUGGCGGUGUCAACCUCAGCAACGCGAGGCUGAAACUGGACCACAACCAACCAAGGAACCUGCACAGCUUCAUGAGCGCACACCUUCUGUCACUUCUAGCCAGAAGGCUGGCUAUCUUGGCAGUGGCGGUUCAGCCCGUUUGCGCAAUGCCAGAACUUCUUCGAGGCAUUCAUCUAUCCCGGAGACUGAUCCCUUUGUCGGAGGAAAUCCGAGGAGUUUUGGGAAAAUGCUGCAAACCACAGGGUCGCAUAUCCAACCUCAACAUACUGCAGUGCCUCUUCACUCAUUACAUCAUCCCCAUCAUCCGCAUCAUCCGCAUCAUCCCCCUCAUCCCGCUCAUCUCCAGCAUCCCCAUUGUCAUGCUCCUUCGCCCUACAGGAUGCCUGCUCCAUGCAAUCCUGCUCAACCCGUUCCUUUCCAUCCUGCUCAUAUGCCUUACACCAGUCCUAGCCACUUUGUCCUUACAUAUCCCCUACCGCCUCCCUUUGGCAGCGGUCCACCGACAGUGCCACCGGUAGCGUCACCGGCACACCUUCCAGGGUCGCCUAGGACUCAUCCGUGGCCACAAGGUUUGGGAGUCCCGACUGUUCAUCAUCAGCCUAGAAUGCCAAUGGUAUAUACCCCUUGGCCCGAACAACCCCCGCAUGGACCUUAUCCUGGUGGCCCCCAUCAACAUGGGCAUAUGCCCAUUCAUCUUGGACAGCCGAUGGCCAAUCAGUCAUCAAAUCAGAUCGGACAUUCACACGUUGAGCAUCACCGAAGAGAAGGUUCACAUGCGCAGACUAAGAAACCUGCCGAAGUGUGCUUACUGCAAGAGGAGGAGUUACCAUCCUCAAGAACCUCCAAUUCCUCUAGCUCCCACGGAAUUCCGGUGAGACUACCUUCAUCUCGUAGUACAUUGGAGGAAAUCCGGCUCGAGCAAGAGAGAGCUUCCGCUCCGCAGCAGGGCUCGGGCGGCGAAGGCCAACAGGCUGAAAUCUAUCAGGAAGGCAGAGGACAUCAUGAAACCCACAUCAUAACUGGAACAGUAAUACGGCACAAACCGACCGGUAGGCAAGCUUUGCCGUCUCAGUGGCUCGCCCAAGCACCAGUUAUCCAAGAUGAGGCGUCUGAGAGAAACUCGGGCCCGACAGAUGUUGUUUCACCCGUGGCAGAGCCUCAGGAAGCAGACAAGGAACAGAAGUUGCCCGAAAACGGAAAGGGCAAGAAGAAGCCUACCAAAAAGAAGAAAAAGGAGAAUAGUGCCGCACAGGGGGCUGCAAAGGAGGAGUCACAACCGGCGCCAGUUGUCGUUGCUGACAGCAAGCCCACGCAGGCCUCGCAAGAUGAGUCUAAGAAGGUGACUAAGAAGAAGAAGAAGCCUGUGAAGAGAGGACCAAGUGCCACUGAGCAAGCUCCCGAAAUCUUCAUUGCUCCUGUCGAGAGCGCGCGGGCUGAGAGCGCCCCCGUCUCGAGUGCCCCUGCCAAGAGCGCUCCCGUUGAGAGUGCUGAUACCCCCGAGACCACAGCAGUCAUCGAUAAGAACGAGUCUGUUCCUGCUGCUAUCGCGGCAAAGCCGUAUCGUGCUGAUGCCGGUGGCUCUCUUCACGUCUUCCGGCAGCGUUACAAGCCAGCCAUCAGGGAUAUUUUCAAACCGCACCAAGACGUAGAAGACAUAUCCGAAGUAUCAACUGCAGACAACACUGAGCAAGGCACAAGUUCAACUAGCAUCGCCCAUGAAACUUCGCCAGAGCGCAAACAAGAGCCAACAAAGGUACAAACGAGGAAGAAAAUCCACGGUAGCUUCGGCAAUCUCGACGUGGGCUUCAACCCCUGGCCACGUGCCCCUUCAGGAGAGGUUUGGAGUCCUUCCAAACGACCUACCGCGGCCCCUCCCCUCAACAAGCGCUCAACGACGCCGCAGCCGCCUCAGGUCAUAAUAGAGCCAGCGGUUGAUACGGUGACAGAGCAUGGCUUGCCGACUCCGACCAAAGUGGCUUUUAAGGACACCGUCACGGAAAUGGGUCUCGGAGAGGAGAUUUAUGCCCAUCGUAGAGGUACUGGCUCGAAAAAGCCGUCGGGUUCGUCGUUUGUGUCGAUGGCUGAGAGUCAGUAUACUAGUGUUAGCAGCUACCACAGUGCCCGGUCUACCUUGUCGUCGGGAGAGAAUACUCCUCCUGAGAGCACGCCUCCUGCCUCGCCUUAAGCCUUUUCGUACUACCGCUUGGGUCUGAUAAAUAAUGGAGGAACAAGAGUCGCAGUCACAGCCAGCGGUCUUUCGGAGUGUCGUCUCGUUCCACUGGAUGUUUCGAUCCUCAUUUCUUACUCUCGGGUCUCUUCAUUU